UGAACAAUAACCUGUUUCUAUGACUGCCUUCCGCUUUGGUGCCAGCAUUGUAUCACUGUCCGCAGAUAGCCUUGAUCACAUCACGGACCACGGUGAUUUACGCAUUUAUCUGCCGGUGAACCCUCUCCCGCCUGUUUCCGCCUUCCUCGCAAAAUAUCUGCAACAGAUCCCAUUGCACGGGCCAUUCGUAUGGGAUGGUGUGUCUAGAGUCGCGGGAAAUUCUCUUUUCCCAUCUUCGUGCCCCAUUGUUGUCAAAUAUUUUGGGCGCUGGCGCGAAAUGGGUGGAAAGUGAUAGCUGAUAGCACCCGGAACCAAUGCUGCGCGCUUGCCGCUUGAAGCGGGAGAGCUUCGUGCGCGAACGGAUCACUUGUCUCAUUGUCGUACCCAUCCGAUAAAUUCUGUAAAACAGAUGCGAGAAAAAGCGAUGCAUGGGUACCGAUGCUUGUAUCACUUCCGGCGCUGUUCCUGAGCGCUCCAGAGAGUAUAAAUGUAGACAACAUGGACGAGAAUAUCUCACAAUGAAGUACUCUUAUCCCCCAACGUCAAUUCCCUCUUCUUCUUCUUCCUCGCCUACGGUGAUAGUGGCGAGGUCUCCUCUGAUACUUCUUGGAAUUUCGGCUAUCCUCAAUGCUCUAUUUUUGUACACUUGGUACUUCCAGCCACCGGAGUGCAAGAGUGACUGGAAGCUAUAUUCGCCAGUACAAGAUGUCGUCUCGUACCAUCCUGUCAAAUUCAACCCCGGCUUUGCUUGGGACAUGCCUAUUUACGAACAAGAACCUACCGAUGAAGUUGAUCAAGCUUGGGCAGAACUAUAUCAAUAUACUGUCAGUCGGGUCUCAAAGUCGGAGGCGAUGGAGAUGGCCAAUCGCACGUACCCAUUGCCUCAUGAAGAAGGCUAUUACAUGAGUGGAUUGGAUGUGUUCCACCAGCUGCACUGCCUGGACAUGGUACGAAUGUCACUGCAUCCGGAACGCUAUCCAGGCGUCGACUCUCCACAUAGGAAACUGCACGUCGCGCAUUGCUUGGGCCACGUUCGUCAGGCGCUGAUGUGCGCGGCGGAUAUCACUCCCAUCUCGUGGCAGUGGAAUGAGCAAGCUCAGACUGUUAGGCGACGAGACGAUGUGGUACAUACGUGCCGGAAUUUCGAGGCUAUACAGGGAUGGGCCAAGGAAAGAUUCGUUUCAAUUAGCGAUGAAGAAUUGAAAGUGUACGUGAACGACGGGCUGCAGUAAUCCUCUAGGCCCCACACCGGAGUUUCAUACUACUAAUAUUCUAUAUUAUUUCACUACAAUAAUAUAAAUUAUAAAUUAUACUAUUACCAAUAUUAAUUUAAUUCAAUAUUUAUCAACCAUGACAUCAUGUGAC